AUGUCGGAGUCUACCGAGGAACUCUACGGCCAAUUGUGCUGGCUCGCCAUCCCAGUCACAGACAUUGAAAGGGCCAAGGCCUUUUAUGCAGAAGUCUUCUCCUGGGAGAUCAGCCCCAACGGCGUUCCUCACGGGCGGCCCGGCGUCAAGGAACUCUACUUUUUCAACCGUGACAAGGCCCUCAACGGCGCCUUUUACGUGAUGGAGGAUGGAUACCACGUCAUCAACCACUCGAUAGGCUCUCACGAUGCCUUUUCCGUUCACCCGAGCUUCAACGUCAAGAAUUGUAAGGAAACGCUUGAGCUGGUAACCAAGCUCGGCGGAAAGACGCAGCUACACAAGACGGAGCUUGGCGAGAACAUGGGGCACUAUGCCCGGUUCAUCGACACUGAGGAUAAUUUAAUCGGGAUCUGGUCCAAAAUCUGA